CCGGUCAGCAGCAGAACCUCCAGCCCGGCUUCCCCUCCGCUCUGCCGGGCGCGCAGCGAGAGGCGCUUCGCCCCCUCCGGAGGAAUGGACGGCCCGCUGCCCCCCUCCCUCCCUGUUCCGGAAGUAGCGGCUGCGCUCCGUUCAAUCUCCAAGCCGACCAUUUCGAGGAAGAAACCCAGCGCCAGCAGUCUCAUCAGCACCACAUAUCUGAUCCAAUAAUCACGCUGCGUGAUUUCUCCUCCACGCUGCGUCCCGUUUCCGUUUUGCCUCCCUGCCGCCUCUCUUUCGACGCGGAUCCCGCAGAAACGGACAUGGAGCCGAGGCGGAAAACACGGGGCUCCUGAAGAUGCGGACGCUGAGGGACGUGUUUUUCAUCUCGACGUGGAUCGUCGAGGGGAAUGGCUCCGAUUCUUCUUCGUGGACCGACCAGGGGCGCUGCAACGAAACGACGAAAUAGGGAGGAACACGAUUUGACACCGAGAGACAAUAAGGCAGCAAAACCACAUCCGAAGCAAACUUGUAUUUGAUCUUUUUUUUGGAUUAUGUUUCUUGUCGGGAGUCCCAGAUGUGACUGUGUGGAUGGCAUGUCGUUGUUUCUGCUCCCUGGCUCUGCGCGGCUCUCUCUUCCACUAGUCCGCUCUCUCGCUGUCUUCUGCUUCGGGUAGCAAAACAUGUAGGCUGUUCUGUAUAUACAUAAAUAUCGGUUGCUGCAAGCCCAGCGGCGUUUCUGCAGGAAAAAGAGAAAACAGGAAGAAAGGAAGGAAGGAAGGAGAGGUGGAAGAAAAUGGACACCAGUUUGUGAUGUUUACUGGGGUGCGGUGGGAGAUGCAUGUAUAGACAGCGCUUGCUGAGUUGUUUGAGUGAUGAAUAUUGAAAGAGUGUGUCGGGAAAAUCUUUCAUCCGCAUUGGCUUAGACACACAUGCCAUCAGAGGGGAUGAUAAAGGAUUCAUAAUAACAAUAAUAUCAAUAAUAAAAAUAAAAAUAAUAAGGAUAAUAAUAAUGUUCAAGUAUCGGAUCCGCAUGUUUUUCAAUGAACUGAAGGUCCUGGUGUUUAUGCGAUCCGAUUCACGACAGUCCGGCUCAGACACAGAUCGACGCUCCACCGCCAUGCGGGGUCUGGGGAUGGGCGGCUGCGGCUGGCCGCCGUUUGUCGACUGCCAUUCCCGGGACGACGAGGAGGAGUACUACGGCAGCGACCCGAGGCCCCGGAGCCUGGCGUUCGAGGACAAAGAGCCCAAGCUGCAAGUGGGCCUGGACGCCGUGUCCCUGACCAGCACGGCCAGCAGCCUGCGGACCCCCCAGUGCAGGAUCUGCUUCCAGGGCCCCGAGCAGGGGGAGCUGCUGAGUCCCUGUCGCUGUGACGGCUCUGUGCGCUGCACUCACCAGCCUUGUCUCAUCCGAUGGAUAAGCGAAAGGGGCUCCUGGAGCUGCGAGCUCUGCUACUUCAAGUACCAGGUCCUGGCCAUCAGCACCAAGAACCCACUGCAGUGGCAGGCCAUCUCCCUGACUGUGAUCGAGAAGGUGCAGAUUGCAGCGAUAAUCCUGGGUUCCCUGUUCCUCAUCGCCAGCAUUUCCUGGCUCAUCUGGUCCUCGCUCAGCCCCUCUGCCAAGUGGCAGCGUCAGGACCUGCUCUUCCAGAUCUGCUACGGCAUGUACGGCUUCAUGGACAUCGUCUGCAUAGGCCUCAUAAUCCACGAGGGAUCGUCGGUGUAUCGAAUAUUUAAGCGGUGGCAGGCUGUCAAUCAGCAGUGGAAAGUACUGAACUACGAGAAAUCAAAAGACUUGGGCGACCCGGUGAGCUCCAGCAGUAAGACCGGCGCCCGCGGCUCCCGCGGCAACCCGCACGGCCUGGCCAGCGGCGGCCGACAGAGCAGGCGGCUAAGAACUAUUCUGAACCACCACUGCGGAUACACCAUCCUGCACAUCCUGAGCCAGCUCAGGCCCAACGACCCGCGGAUCAGCGCCGCCGCCAACCGGGAGGUGGUGAUGAGGGUCACCACCGUAUGAGACGGGCCUGCAUCAAGCGGCGGAAGGACGUAUGGACCUCAAUUUGAAAAAACGACAGACUCAUUUGGCAACAGGAGCCCCGCGUGGGACCGAACGGUGCCUGGAGCAUCAACAGACUGAAAACACAUGAGGAUUUCUCCUCUUGUUUCGUACAACAAAAGGAAGACAGAUGCUCCUUUUCAAUAAUUAAAGAACUGAUGAAAACAUGGAAGUAUUAAAAGACAUAAAAUAUGAAAUGUAUGAUGGUGGUGAUGGGGCGGGGGGAUUAUAGACAGGCUUUAUAACCUGAAACUGAACAACAAAAUGGGUUUUUUUUAACUCAAUAUCAGGAUGCACAGGAACAUUUCGUCUUUGUUUUCUAUCCUCUUUUUUUUUUACUCACUUUGAUUUUGUACUGAUGUUUGAGUUUAGAAGAAACCGUGUUUGGUAACUUCACACAUGCCAAACAUUUCCAGUCGACUAUGUAACGAGCUUAACAUUUCUACAAGCCAACUGAUGCUGGUAAACAGACCGAAAGCUGAGAAUAAAAACAUCCAUGAGGGCAAAAAUAACUUUCAAAGAACAAUAAGUCAUUAAUAAAAAAAAAUUUUAAAAACCAAAAAAAACGAAAGAAAAAAAAGAAGUGAGAAAUUUUUCAGUUAUACUUAACCUUUCUGCAAUAAAAAUACGUAUGUACAUUUCACAGGGAAUUUUUGCAUGGGUAUAUAAUUUUAUUCUUCAUCACAUAACAUAAGCACAUGACAAAUUUGCUCUAUUUCGAAUGGUGCUUGCCAAAAUAAACACUUUAAAAACGUCUGUUUUCAUUGCACCACAUUUUUGUCAGAAUGAGAAAUGGCUGUGUGUUAGAGCUACUUCAGCUAAAAUACAGGUUGUUGCUGCUGUGUGCUGAUUCAGAUUUGAUAACAAGUUAAGUAUUGGAUUAAAAAUUGGGGUCAGAUGAUCUCUAACCUCUGAGUCUCA